AUGGCAUCGACUGAAACGCCGUCUAUGUUAAGCGUUGGAUUAAUUGAAAAAGAUGUGAACGGGGACACUCUAUGGGUUUGGUGCUAUCCUGCAGUGAGCUCAGAACUUAGACAAGUCCUGCUCACCAAAUGCUGUUUGACACAGAGCAACGAAGAGUUUCACACAUUUGUGUUUGGCCAGUUCUGUCGUACAUGGUAUUACAUCAGCGCACUGGAGGUACAAGAGCCUACAGCUCUAACCAAGGUCACUCAUUUGUCAGUAGUGGUUACAGCAAAAGACUUCAACCCUGAGAAAUAUGCUGCACUCAAUCGAAUACUGUGCAGGAUGUACAUAAAACAUGGCAGUCCUGUGAAAAUGAUGGAGGUUUACAUUGCUGUCCUGACCAAAGGUAUUUGUCAGAGUGAAGAGAAUGGCUCAUUUUUAAUCAAGGACUACGAUGUUCGGAAGGCGUUUCUGGCAGGAUCCAUUAAAGACGUGGUAUCGCAGUUUGGCAUGGAAACGAUUAUCCUGUACACUGCUGUUAUGCUGAAAAAGCGGAUUGCUGUCUACCACCCUCGAAUUGAAGCCUUGUUGGAAUUCACAAGAGCACUUCCUACUCUAGCGUGGCACAGGAAAGACUGGUCUAUCCUGCAUCCAUACGUGCACCUCAAUGAACGUGAACUAGAGCAUCUCAGUAAAUGCCCAGGGUAUAUAGCAGGAUUUGUUGAUCCAGAGGUGAACAACAGAACGGACCUUUUUGAUGUGAAUGUGAACCUUCCAGAAAGUGCCAUCACUGUGUCACAGAGUGCUAAAGAGAGUAUGAUGAUGGGGAAGUUACACAAGGAAGUCGGCCAUUUAAUUGUCCAGUCUGCAGAAGAUACAGAGCGGUCAGAUGGUCAAGUCAUUAAGGACAUUUCUUUGAAGACCAAACAGAUUCUUACUCAUUUGGGGUCAUUGGCCGAUCAGUGCGAAGGCUCUAAAAUUACUCUGGAACAUUUAAGGCAGCAACAUUUCCCUUCAGCAACGGAAAACUUCCUGUUUCAUCUAGCAGCUGCAGAGCAGAUUUUACGAAUAUAA